GAAAAAAAAUGUGAAAGUUUUGAUAAUUACAAAAUUAGUAACUCGUGCAAAACAUGUAUUAAGGUAAAAUAGUAGAGGUGUAAUGUAAUGUAAGUUUUUUCUCUAUUGAAACAAAACAAAUGUUGUUUUUUACAUUAGCUAGAGAAAAGACAAAAAGAAGAGAAAGAUGAUGAAUGAAAAUUUGAGGUGUAAUGAUACUAGAUAGAUUUGGAAUCUAACUCGCUGGUUCAUUAUUGAAUUAUUAUGACGGGUAGAACUGCAACAUUGAAUUGGUGGAUUCAUUACAAAAAGGUAGCAUUCAUCUGGUUUAUCUCUGCUUUAUGCUUCUUCAUUUUGUUCCAAAUGGCCCUUCAUAACUCCUCAAACACCCUUUCAUCACCUUCUUCGGAUUCUUCAAAUUUAAGUUCGGAGAGAAGAUCCAAAUUGUAUGAUAAGAUGGCAAGGGAUCUUGAUGAACAUGGAGCUGCUUUUCUGAAUCAUGGUGAAACCUCUCAGUCACUUUCUAUUUCAGAUAUCUUCACCUUGAAAGAUGGAUCUGUAACACCUGUAUUAAAGCCUGCAAAUCCUCCUGUGCGGGCGAAUGUUCUGUAUUUGAACACUGAAUUCUCGGUCCCCUUUGCGGAGGCUGUCAAUAAUAUUUUCAAUCCAUACUUCGAUAAAGGUAAGUCAUUGUUGGAUCUACCUUUUCUUUAUCUUUUUUAUUUUAUUUUGUUCCCGUGCUUACAUGUGUGUAAAUUAGCAAUUUGGUUUCAGAACUCUAGCAUGUACCAUUUUAGCAUGUUCCAUGCCUCUCACCAUAUUGUACCUGUACCUGCUACGAAAGAAGAGAUAGAAGCUGAAGCAUCUUCAGUGGAAACUGUUGCUGCAAGGCUCUGCCCUUUGAACAUUGUUUUGGAUCGAGUGGUUUUAACUUCAACAGGAGUGCUCCUUGGUUGCUGGCAGGUAAUCUCGGGUACAGAUCCCAUAACCAUUCGUGCUAGAUUGAAGAAUGUACUUCCACGUGCACCCGAAAAGCAACUUUAUGAUGCUGCAAUUCUUCACACUACAUUCGCAAGGCUUUUGGGUCCACCUAGAGCAUCGUCUACGGAACAUCUUACAACGUCAGGUGAACUCAAAUUUUUUCAUGAGUUAGUGAAUCAACUUAAUAGACAGAUCCGCGGAUUCAAGGCGGUGGUGUCCGAACUAUGGUACGUGGAGGAAUAUCAUGUGCUUGCCCUUGCAUUAAAUGGAAAAAUGAACUGUCACAAAUUCAAACUUGGUUGCUCAUCAAGAGAUUGAAGCUUAGAUACAUGGAUAUUUUAUGUACUGUAUCAAACUGCAACGUCGAUUUUUAUCGUGAUUCUGCAUGAAAACACUACUGAGCUCAUUCUAUAUAGGAACAUAUAUCAGCAUAAACAAAUCUUAUAGUUAUUUGGAUGAUGAUCAUUAGCUGAAAUACCUCCGGAAGAUAAUAGUUGUUAAUUCCAAUACAAAUACAAUAACUAUUUGAAAUGAACAUUUCUAAAAGUUGCUUUU